GGGGCAAAUCGGAAAAGUCUACUUCCUAAAUUUCCCGAUCCCCUUGAACCCUACCUGCCGCCCCGCCCCCCGUCGCCCGCCCCAAAUCCUCAUCCGAUUCCACGCCGCAAAACCUUCCCGAAUCUGCCUCCGGCGCCCCCAGGCACGCCUCCGCCCGGCCCCGGGCUGCUCCGUAUACCCUCGGAUCCGUUGGCGCUCGGUCCCGCCGCGCCGUUCGGAUCUGGGGGAGGAACUCGGCUGAUUCCUAGGGUUCCUCCGUCUCGGCGCGCCAGCCGGGUCCAUGAAUCCCAUGGGGUACCGCCCCUAUGAUAGCAGCGGGACGGACGAUGAUCUCCCCUCGUCACAAAAUAGAGGACUAAGAGGACGAUCUUUCAGUGGGAAUGGGAGAGCAUCAGCUGGACCGUUUCCUUAUGCAAGGCCACACAAUGAUUUGGAGAGCCAAGUACAUCUGGUUGAGCAAGAGGCGUACACUGGUGUUCUUAGGGCAUUCAAAGUUCAAUCUGAUGCAUUGUCUUGGGAAAAAGAAAGUCUGAUUUCUGAACUCAGGAAGGAACUGAGAGUUUCUGAUGAGGAACACAGGGAGCUAUUAAACAAGGUUAAUGAAGAUGGGGCCAUCCGUGGAAUGAGGGAGCUGAGACAGGGAGGUGGGACCCCGAGUGGGCUGCAUCGUGGCAGCAGAGUUCUUCACGAUGGAGAACCUGGGCCAACUGCUAAAAGGCAACGACCAUCUCAUUUAAUGCCUUCGCAUUCUUCAGGCCUCCAGUCCCCUGUUAUGUCUUCACAUUCUGUCCCCUCUUCGUCAAAGUGGGGACCAUCUUCAGCAUCAAGGGGGAAAAGAGCAAAGUCGACUACGCCACUGGCAUUACCAUCCAUGGAUCCGACCUCAUUGAUUAGCCGGAAAGUUUUUACAAGAUGGCCAGAUGAUAACAACUUCUAUGAGGCCACUAUAACCCGUUACAAUCCUGCUACGGGCGAACAUGCUCUUGUCUAUGACAUGGGCAAAACAACUGAGUCAUGGGAGUCUGUCAGGCUUUGUGAUAUGAGACCUGAAGAUAUAAGAUGGGAACGUGAUGAUCAAGGCAUCUCAAAUCGAGAUGGUUGGGGCCCUUCUGGUCCAUUGUUGAACAGGAACCAAAGCAACAAUGGUAGAGGGAGACUAUCUCAGAAUGAGCAUCCAAAUAAAUAUGGUCCACCUCAAAAUGGCAUCAACAGGAAUAUUGGUGAAAUUGACGUGCCUAACACUCAGAGUGUCGUGAUUGAGGUCGAGAGGGUAUUGUCAAAUCCAAGUGUGCAUGAAAUUGAAAAGGCAAAGAAACUGCUAACAGACCAGGAGCAGUCAUUACUUGAUGCAAUUGCCAGUCUUGAUGAUGCAUCAGAUAGCGAAAGUGAGGAUAAGGCCAUGGAAGCCCGAAUGGGUUCUGGUGGUGAUCACACGGGUAGGAACGGCAUUGCCUGUUAGUUGAUAUGAGAAGUAUGUUGGAAGAUUGCCACCUUCCUGGAUCAUCACUGGACAAAGAAGCCAUGUGAUGGAAAACUGGACUACCAAAAGAAGGUGGAUUUGGCAGUUGCUGCUCCAUGAGAUGAGUUUAUUUGCCUGCUCAAAAUUCGGACCUGGCAAGGAUGAAUCCAGAUGGAACGAAAAAGCUUUAAUGGCGCCUUUCCUCUCUGAUGGACUAGAAGUGACUAAUUUUCUAGAAAUUGUUGUUAACAUAAAUCAGCUGAAGAUUCUUUGUGUUCGGUGCCGACAGCUGAUUAACCUUGGCCGAAAUCUCCGUUUUUCUUUGCCUCUCCUAUGCGCACUGAGUUUUGCAGUGGGCAUACUGGCUGUACUGUAGUGUAC